CCAGACUGUGCCUGGGGCUGUCUCUCCAUGCACCCCACUCCUCCCUUCUUGGCUGCUGACAUCUGCUCAGAGGCCAGAACUACUCCGUAGGCAGGACUGCUGACACCUGAAGCUAGGGGGAUCGCUGCCUGGCCCCCAUCCCCUGGUGCCACGGAGCAGAUGCUUUUGUGUCAGGUGCCGCGAUGAGGACCCCCAGCCUUCACGUUCUGCCCCUGCUCCUUUGGGUGGCUCUGGUAAUUGUCCAGGUGCAUGGCCAGUGGAAGAAGUUCCCACAGGGAAACCCAUCAUCGUCCUCCAGGAGAAGUGACCUGCAGGGCUCCACCUGCCCCAUUGACGUACUCUUCAUCGUGGACAGUUCAGAGAGUUCCAAGAUCAUCCUCUUUGACAAACAGAAAGAGUUUGUCAAUAAUCUCGCUGACAAGAUUUCCCGUCCACCUCUGGGCUCGCCUAGGGAAGACGACGUCAGGCUGGCCGCCCUGCAAUUCAGCAGCUCUGUCCAAGUGGACCAGCCCUUUGCCUCUUGGAGGGGGCUGCAGAGUUUCCAGCAGAGGGUCCGGUCAAUGAACUUCAUUGGGCAAGGCACCUUCUCCUACCAUGCCAUCUCCAACGCCACGCGCCUGUUUCAGAGAGAAGGCCGCGAUGGCAGCGUGAAGGUGGCUGUGCUCAUGACCGAUGGCAUCGACCAUCCCAAGAACCCUGAUGUCCGCGGCAUCUCAGAAGAAGCCCGGAAUCUGGGCAUCUCAUUUGUCACCGUUGGCCUUUCCCGGGUGGCCAAUGAAGCCAAACUUCGGCUGAUAUCAGGAGAUUCCUCUGGUAAACCCAUUUCCCUGCUGAGUGAUCCUAACGUUACUGAGAAAGUACAGCAUCAACUGGAAACCCUUUUUGACAAGAAGUGCAUGCUGAAGACCUGUGAGUGUGAGAAGGGGGACCCGGGAGAGCCAGGACCUCCCGGCACCCAUGGCUAUCCAGGAAGCAAAGGGGAGCAAGGACCAAAAGGGCAGCCCGGUGACGCCCAGAAAGGAGAGGCCGGAGAGAAAGGCCCCCAGGGAGACCCUGGGUACAAAGGGGACAAGGGUGAACGAGGAGAAUGUGGCACCCCGGGGAUAAAAGGGGACAAAGGACCACCAGGCCUCUAUGGACCCAAGGGCCCCCGGGGACCUCAGGGUGUUCGAGGGCCACCAGGUGAACCCGGGCCAAGAGGCUUUCAAGGCAACAAGGGUGAGCCAGGCCCUGCUGGCCCUUAUGGCCCUCCUGGUCCCCCUGGCAUCGGCCAACAGGGACUCAAGGGGGAAAGAGGCCAGGAAGGCCGGCCCGGGGCUCCAGGACCCAUGGGCAUCGGUGAGCCAGGACAAACCGGUCCCCGGGGUCCUGAAGGAGUCCCCGGAGAGAGAGGCAUCCCUGGAGAAGGACUGCCAGGCCCCAAGGGUGAAAAGGGUUCUGAGGGACCAGUUGGCCCCCAAGGACUACAAGGUCCGUCCAUCAAAGGGGACAAGGGGGAUUUGGGACCUGUGGGACCCCAAGGGCCAAGGGGGACACCUGGACUCGGGACUCAAGGUGACCAGGGAAUCCAAGGUCCAAGCGGCCCCCCUGGCCCCCAAGGCCCCCCAGGCCAGGGCUCUCCCGGUCCUAAGGGAGAAGUAGGCCCACCCGGACUUACAGGGCUUCGGGGACCAGCGGGCAUUGGAGUCCAAGGUCCAAAGGGGGAACCAGGUUCCAUGGGGCUGCCAGGCCAGCCAGGCUCCCCAGGAGAAGAUGGAGCCUUGGGCAAGAAGGGGGAAGCUGGACUUCCAGGGGCGAGAGGCCCAGAAGGAGCCCCUGGCAAAGGACAACCUGGCCCAAAGGGUGAUGAAGGGAAAAAGGGGAGCAAGGGCAAUGCAGGGCAGAAGGGCAUUGCGGGGCCCGAGGGUCCAAAGGGCGAACCUGGUGUCAUGGGGCCCUUCGGUAUGCCCGGAGCGUCCAUUCAAGGACCUCCUGGGCCCAAGGGAGACAGAGGAGAGAUGGGGAUACCGGGCUUCAAAGGAGAAUCUGGACCUGCCAUCCGAGGCCCCAAGGGUGCCCAAGGUCCCCGAGGACCCGAGGGGGCUCCAGGCCCCAAAGGCGAUGGCUAUCCUGGCACAACGGGACCUCGAGGACUCCCAGGACCCCCUGGACCCAUGGGCUUACGGGGAAUAGGAGACCCUGGAGCCAAGGGAGAUCCCGGUGUGAGAGGCCCUCCUGGACCCUCUGGACCUCGGGGCAUAGGAAUCCAGGGACCGAAGGGCGUCAUUGGGCAGAAAGGUUUGCCAGGACCCCCGGGCCCCCCAGGCUAUGGCACACAAGGGAUUAAGGGGGAGCAGGGCCCCCAAGGCCCUCAGGGGCAGAAGGGUACCGUGGGCCUCGGCCUGCCUGGCCAAAAGGGUGAGCCCGGAAGCCCAGGGGAUGUGGGGAAGAAAGGGGAGAAGGGAGAGAUCGGUGAUCCUGGAGCCCCAGGAAGAGAGGGGCUGCCGGGACCCAAAGGGGACCUCGGACUCACUAGAGAAGAGAUUAUCAAACUGAUUAUUGAAAUAUGUGGGUGUGGGGCCAAGUGCAGAGAGAGCCCCUUGGAGCUGGUGUUCGUGAUUGACAGCUCCGAGAGCGUGGGGCCGGAGAACUUUCAAAUCAUCAAAGACUUUGUCAAGAAGCUGGUGGACCGCGUGGCCGUGGACCACGCCACGGCCCGCAUGGGCCUUAUCAACUACAGCCACAAGGUGGAGGUGGUGGCUGACCUGCGGCACUUCUCCAGCACCGACCGCCUCAAGAGCUCCGUGGACAGCAUGCCCUACCUGGGGGAAGGCACCUACACGGCCUCGGCCCUGCAUGCUGCCAACGCCAUGUUCCAGGCCGCCAGGCCAUCGGUGAGGAAGGUGGCCUUGGUCAUCACCGACGGGCAGGCGGACCCCCGCGACGAGAUGAGCCUGGAGCAGGAGGUGAGCAAGGCCAACGCCUCCAGUGUGGAGGUCUUCGUGAUCGGCGUGGUGAGGGAGAGUGGCCCCGAAUUCCAGGUCUUCCGCCGAGAAAUGGAGCUGAUCGCUACCGACCCUGACAGUGAGCAUGUCUACCAGAUCGGUGACUUCCAAACCCUCCCAGCCCUGGAGAAUAAACUGUUCCAGAAAAUCUGUGAGGACCCACACUCCUACCUGCACCAAAUCCUCGCGUCCUCGGUUCUUCAUCCUGGACCUGGGUUGGGGGCAGUGCUGAGGGGGACGGUGGGCGCCCCCCCUGCUGAGGUGGCGGAGGUGGAGAGCGCUGAGUCGCUCGGCCCUCCAGAAGCCCAGGAGGAAGGACCUGGAUUUUCCCCAUCACUCUGGAGUGGAGGCCCUACUGUGGCCACAAGCAACAUGCCCGUGGAUCACAGACAGUCGACCCGCCCGUUGGCUGGUGGCAGGACACAGGAUGAGGACAGCAGCACUCAGCCCAUUUUUAUCAUGCCCCCUGCUGAGACCGCACGCCAAGAUCCACAGUGCCUGGAAGCCCUGAGACCUGGGAACUGUGGGGAGUACGUGGUCCGGUGGUACUAUGACAAGGAGGUGGACGCUUGUGCCCGCUUCUGGUACAGCGGCUGUGGCGGCACCAGCAACCGAUUCAACAGCGAACAGGAAUGUCGCAGAACCUGCGUUCGAGGGUGACAGAUGCAGCAGCGGCCAGUCAGAGAAGGGGGGCUCGUGGAGAGGACGUGUGGGAGACGGGCCAUCCCCAGGCACCAGAGGAUGCUGCAUUCCUCCUUCCUGCCACCUGACUUGCUUCUUCUAAUGUCCCCUGCAUGCCCAGCUGAUGCACGGCUCUCUUGGCACAAGGCACAAGCUAUGCGCAUUAACGUCAUAUAUCCAGUAUCCCAGGAGCUGGGUCCUGGUCCCCCCACCCCCAUCCCUGUCCCACCUCUUCCACCAGCCUAGGGAGCUUCAAUGGAUAACAGUCAGCAUGUGUCCGAGCAGAGACAGCGGGAGGCCGGGGGGGGGGGGGGGGGCUGGAAUCAAGACCCUUGGUCAGAUUCUAUCUUAUCUUGACAGGCAAGAAGCCGAGCCGUGUGUGUGUGUGUGUGUGUGUGUGUGUGUGUGUGUGUGGUGUGUGUGUGGUGUGUGAGUGUGUAUAUGUGUGUGUCUCUGUAUGUAUGUGUG